AUGGGGGCGCCAGCUCUCCACAAGGGAAAAGUGGCGGAAAAUCCGCUGACAGCACGAUGGCCAGAACUCGUGCGACAGGCACGUCUACAACACGAGGCAGGCGAACAUGCCCAACAGUUUUCGAUAACCAAGCAGCGAGAAAAACCACUGCAAAGCAAGCGAGACAGACUAACCCACCACUGUGAUGAUGGAAAUAAUUAUGUUUUCAAAAUAUCAGCCUUCCACUUGGUUGGCAUUUUAAAGUAUCACCUUGACAAGGAAGUCAUGGGUCUGCAGUAG